UGGAAAUAGAGUAAUGCUUGUAACAUAGGCAUCAAGUAUCUGUUGUUGCCCAAAAUGUCUUCAGGAACAGGUACAGAAAAAGCUCUCAGCCUUUUAAGGCGACUACCCUCGAGUUUCAUUGUCAAAUCUGAAAUCAAAUCCAGGUGCCACAAGAAGUGCAGCAUGAAACUUUCUUACAAGACUCUCUGUAUGGGAAAUCUGCAAAAAAUGAUUGAUACUAGCCGUCUGAGAACAGAUAUUCCUAUUGAUGUAACGCAGAUAGCUAACACCAAGCUGUUUGAAAUUAAGGCUGUGGAAAAGGAAGGUGGUAUUAUGCUAGAAAAUGAUAAAGCAAGAAUAAACAUAGAAGUUCAGUGGGCUUCAGAAGCUGUGAUUGCAGCAGUAGAAAGAAAUGGUGGAUUCAUCACAACAGCAUAUUAUGACUUUAUAGCUCUGGAUGCAGCUGUAAACCCUGCCAACUUUUUCAAAAAAGGUGUACCAAUCCCACGACGUAUGAUCCCACCCCAACAUCUUAUUGGCUACUACACUGAUCCAAAGAAUAGAGGUUAUUUAGCAGAUCCAGCGUUAAUAGCCAAGGAAAGGUUUAUUCUAGCACAGAAGUACGGUUACAAGCUGCCAGAUGUAAAUGAUUCCCCUGACAAAGAUAUGUUGCUUGAACGGAAGGACCCUCGUCAGGUUUUCUUCGGCUUGGAACCUGGAUGGAUUGUUAAUCUGCGUGACAAAGUUAUCCUGAAACCGACAGAUCCUGAACUUAAAGAAUAUUAUGCCUCAUAAGUGUAAAUAGUCGUGAGUGAUGUACAGUAUUGUUUUUUUGAUGAAUAAAUACUAAAUUAUAAGAAA